AUGGAUCCAAGCCAUCUUCUGGAUGAGGUGGCUGACGCUGACAGCGUGGCAAGCGAUGUUAAACCAACAAAUCCUACAUCAGUCCCAUUAGGAGAAGGAUCUAUGGAAGCUCUUCAUGAUGUCCCUGCUUCUGCUGACAAUGGUGCACCUGCUAAUGUUGUAGAGGACGUGACGAUGGAAGGAAACUCAUCUGAGGCUCAUGUAGUUGAGGACCAUUCAAACGUAGAAAGUCUACUCAGUGAAGUGGUUGCUCUACGACACGCAAAGUCCAACAUCGAGGAGGAGCUGCUUGACGUCAAAGAAAAGUGCAGAGAGUUGUCGUCCAGAAAUAGUGAACUCCAGUCACAAAUCGCUAGCAGUACCGAGGACGCCAAUGAGAGAUCCCGUUUAUAUAGGCAGCUUGAAACUUCCCGUAAUGAACUUGCAAUGAAAAAGAUGGCACUUGACUGUGAUCUAGAGAGAUUGAAGCACGAAAAAGAAGAACGAGAUGCUGCCAUCCGUACUCUUACAAAGGAGAAACACCUUAUAGCAACUGAAAACUUCGCCCUGAAAGAUGAGCUUCAAAAAGCAUUGAAUGAGAAAGCAGCUUUGAUGCAGGAAAAGAACAAUUCAGAUCAAGAAAUGCGUACAAUUCUGGCAGAGCGAGAACGUGCGCGUGCAGAAAGCGAGAUGUACACGAACUCUCGCAAGUGGUUUCUACAGGAAAUAGCACAGAAAGAUAGUAAAUGUGCUGAACUUAGGAUAGAGCUGAGCUCAAAAGAACUAUCAUGGCAACGGGAAAAGCUGGCUCUCAAAGAUGAGAUCGUCCGACUUCAACUUGCAGCUGAGGAACACGAAGGCCAACUCCAACUAAGAAAAAAACACGCGGACGAGGCUCUGGAGAGAAUGACUCAGCUUUCUAAUGAACACAACAUAGCAGUAGCUGAUUUGGAAGCGGAAUUGCGUAAAGAACGAGAGCUUUGCAGUAUUUACAAGGAGUCGUUGGAAAAAGCUGAACAAGUUGCUGCUGAAUUGAAUGAAGAGUGGCAGGCUAGAGAGCGUGUUCUCGAACAGACUAAAGAAAUAUUGGCUGCAGUCCAAGAAGAAAUGAUAGAAGAAAAGAGGUCAAGCAGCGCUGAGUUAGCUAAGAAGGAAGAACAGAUCAAUGAGCUCAGAGAGGAACUUCUGAAAGCGAAUGAACUCCUCAAAUCAAAACAUGCCGUACAUCUGAAUGUUAGUGAAGAUGAACUAGCUGUACUUUCUCCAGCAGCGCUUGAAACAGCCCGGCUUCUACGUGGAGGGCAGUCACUGACUAGCAUAGUGCGGGAGCACGCUAGGCUGACGGGUGAACUGGCGGAAUCUCGUGAGCGCAACAGGCAACUAGAGAUGAGUUUGCGCGAAAUGGUGGAGGAAAUCGAAAAUCGUGCGCCUCAACUAUUCCAUCAGAAGGAUUUGUUGGAUAGGACAUUUGAUCACAAUAAUCGUUUGCAGGAACAACUAAAGGAAGCUGAUGAAGCUCGUCGUCGUCUCGAAAGUGCUCGAGAUUCGACCAGUCGUGAAUUGGCUUUUACCCGUGCGGAACUGGAAAAGUACCAGAGGGACUACGCCAAUGCGUCCAAACAGGUACAACACUUGCUCUUUGUAUUGGAACGAGAACGUAGAGGUGGCGAGAGCGAUGUUUAUGAUAACGAUGAAGAAAAUGCUCGUUUAUUCGACAACAUAGCUCAGUUACAGAAGAUCAAUCGUCGAUUGGAAUCAGAACUGGAAGUGGCUAAAAGUUCUGCUGAGCAGUUUGUGCUUACCUCAAAGAAUGCCGAAAUUGAGGGACUGAAACGCGAGUUAGAAGCCUCACACAAAACAGAAACUAGUUUGAAGGGAGAACUGGAGCAGAUGCAUACCACAUUUGAACUGCUCCAAUCGCAAGCUGAACAGUUGAAAAAGCUCGCUGAGGACAAUGUCAGCGUCGUAGAGGCUAGGGCAGCAAAAAUUAAAGCAGAAGAAGCUGUCGCCAAGGCGCAAGCCAGCGAAGUGAAAGUAGCUCGUCUCGAAGAGUAUAUCGCUAAAUUGAAGGAGGACAGAGAAGUAAAUGAAAGGACCCACUUUGAUCGUCUUGCUAGAAGUGAGCAGAUGGUCUUAGAAGUGAAAAUGACGAAUGCUCGUCUCGAGGCCUCGUUCGAGAUGCAAAAACAGACAACUUCAGUUGUUGAAAAGGAGUUAGAGCUUGCCCGAAAAGAAGGCGAUCAAAUCCGAGAGGAAAAUGAUCGUCUUCGAGCAAGUGAAACCCAAAUGGCUGGCAAAGUAGAACAAUUGCAUCGAGAACUGAUGGCAUUGCAACAACAAGCGAGUAACUACAAGAUCGAACUUCGCGCAGUGACAGAGGAACUGCAGCAUGCGCGGUUGACGGUAAAUCGAUUGGAGUCGGAAGCUGAGGCUCACAAAAGAACGUCAUUCAGCGAACAACAAAUGAUGUUGUCCUUGAAUGAGAUGACCGCCCGUCUUUCUCGCAUCGAAUCUGAAAAAAUGGCUCAUCAAGCAUCUCAACUCGAUGUGAUUCGUCUCGAACGCGACAGCCUCAAAACAUCUAAUGCGCGUCUUACGGAUCAACUUUCAAACUCUAGAAAUGACGCGAAGCAGGUUCAGACACGAUAUGAGGAAGAACUUUCCCUUCUGCGGCAACAACUUGGAGAAAAGGAACAAGAAUUGGCGUUGAGCGAGAGGCAACUUGUUGAUCUGCGAGCGCGUUUGAGCAAUAUACAAGCUCAAUAUACUGCUCAAGAAAGUACAAUAGGAAUGACGCCUGAACGUCUGCAGAAAGAAUGCCAGCAGUUGAAAAAUCGUUCGCAGUACCUUGAAUGCCAGCUGGAUGAGCUGAAAUCGAAACUGGCUGAGGCAGAAAGCACUGCAAUAAAGAAGAGUAACGAGAACGAUAGAAUGGAAUCUCACAGUAAAGUAAUGGAAACUAAUUUGAAACAGAUGGCUGAGUUAGGUUCGAUGGAGAGAGAACGGCUCGAAGCUAGAGCGGCUAGCGCUGAAGCCCGUUCUGAGGAACUCACAAGCAGAGUAGCUGAGCUCUCAAAUAGAAUUGUUCAAUUGGAAAAUGAAAUGUCUGAUUUGAAAAUGGACCAAUUACAGCAAUCGUCCCAGCUCCAGCUGAAGGUGGAUAUUCUGGAGGCCCAAAUUAAAGAUGCUGACAAGUCUGUUUCUGAACUGAAUGAGUCACUAAAUGCUGCUCGCAUCGAGAUAGAGAGACGAGUAUCUGAACGCAAUGAGCUAAUGGAUCAGUUGAAUGAACUCAAAGUCAGCCUUGCUGAUCGAGAUGAAGAAAUCAUGAAGAAGAACUCGAGGCUAGAAUCCAAAGAACUUGAGCUCUUCAAUGCAAAUGAGAGAGUCCGAGUGGCAGAGGAGAAUCUUCGUGCCACUGAAAGUACAUUGGCAGUACGCCUAGAAGAGAUGUCAGUUGCAGAAGUGAAAUAUAAUGAAGGGAUCAAGGAAUAUGAACAAAAGUUGGAGCAGUUGUUGGAGAAAUAUGAAAAUGUAGUUGCUCGGGUCACCGAAGCAAGUUCAUCGGCGGAAAUGAAGGAUGUCAACGAACUGUCUCUGAGUGCUGAAACAUCGGUUGUCGAGUCACUAAACAGUGUGGUGGCUUUCCUACGCGAGGAGAAGCAAAAGGCAAUUUCGAGGUGUAUGAGUGCAGAAGUUGAGGUGAAGCGAUUGAGAGCAGAGGUCUCAGAAAUUCGUUCUAAUCGUGACGAGUUGGCUGCAACUGUUCAACGUCUCCAGUCCGAAGCAAUAGCAACAGCUAAUGCUCUUGCGGAGAAAGCUCAAUUGGCGGAAAGGCUGGAAGCGAUGGCUUCGGUUCAACGACAGAAUACUGUGUUCAGGAAUGAGAACGAGAAGCUACACAAAGUUUCUUCUGAGCUGGCGAAACAGAAGAGGGAGUUGGAGACGAAGCUAGAAGCGGUGAACGCUUCCUGCAAUGAAGCCUCCUCGAAAGUCACGAUGUUGUCAUCUGAGUUAGCUGCAAAGAAGAAAGAAGCUGAUCUAUUGCGCCAGCGUGCCGCUGAAGCUGCUCUCAGAGGGGAUCAAGAAAUAAAAGCCGAGUUGGAACAAUGUCGUUCAAAACUCACACGGAUGGAAGCAGAACUCAAUAAGGCUAAUUCACAAGCUGUAGAAGCAGAGAAGUUUAAGAUGGCUGCAGAAGCUCGCGUAAAAGAGUGGAUGGCUAAGCACAGUGACACCUGUACUAAGUUUGAAGCUACAAGAAAACUUGCUCGCCGCUAUCGUGAUGAGAAUACCGAAGACAAGCAGAAAAUUGCCAAUUUGGAAGCCGAACUAUCGCGCUUGAAGUCUGCCGCUUCAUCGUCGUCAUCGGCUGAGACAAGUACCUCUACGGAUGUAACAGCAUUGAAAGAUCGUCUCGCUGUCUUAGAGCAAGAAAAUGCGAAGUUGAGUAAUGAUUUGACGACAAAAAUAGGAGAAUUCGAAGAGGUGAAAUUCCGCCUCAGUGCGAUGGGUCCAUCCUUCGAGAAGGCGCAAGCUCGGGUAGCUCAACUGAAUGCUGAGAAAAAUGACCUGUUGGCUCGCAUUACGUAUCUGGAAGGUCAAAUCGCUGCAAUGUCGUCUGGAAAUCAAAUGCGUCCGGCAGUUUCUUUGUCUGCGUCUUCGGUGAUGUCAACUGGUUCACUGCCUGAUAGUAAUGCCUCUAGCGCAAGUGCUCCAGUGUCAGCUUCAACUCCAAAGCGGUUGGCUUUCGAUUCACCAAUUCGCUAUCAAAACCCACCUACUGUAACCACGUCGGCUGACACAAUUUCUGGAACCGCAGCCCAUGCGGGUGUUACUCAGUCUGCAUCCGCAAGCUCAGCUCCUACUGUAUCCUUGGCAUCUCAAGUUCCAAAGUUGUUCAAAUCGAGUGCGAGUGUCGAACCGGCAUUCUCUUCGACUCAGUCGUCCUCCUCGGCUGCUACUGGCGAAGAAUCGUCGGAGAGUCGUAGCGAUGACGCACACCAAGAAACUGCACCUACAGUUCAGGUAGUUCCAUCAUCUCCUGUCACAUAUUCACUUGCAACCUCGUCUGCUGCUCGCAUAAGUCCAGGACAGUCUCUAUUUGGCAAGUCCGCUCCGGUUGCUGCGCAGAAUGUGAGCACUUCAACUGCUAACAGUUCCUCAGAAGGAAACAUGGGAUGCGGCUCAGUUGUAACGGAAGCGGAGCAGAGCAGUCAGGUAAGCGGCAGUGGUGAGGUUCGCAGAGAUGUCAACGACGACGAUGGUACUGGACAUAACGAUUCUGCCGGCGAAUCGCGUGAUAGCGGUAGCGGAAUGCCGGUGUCGUCGUCAGAUGGAAGACGCAAACGUAGUGCCACCAACGAGUCGUCUACCUGCGAAUCAAAGCGUCAUCGUGAUAGUCCUAGCGAGGUGGUCACCAGUAGCGAAGAGCGACGUGAUCUCGACGUGAUCCCUGAGAGUGGAAUGGCAGCGGCUGCGGAUAUGGAAGUGAUGGAUGUUCCGGAUGAUGCCGAGGGGGACGACGACAUCGAAGUUCUCGAAGAAGGACAGGAAGAUUCGGUACAACAUAUUGAACUCUUAUCUGAUGAGGACGUGUCUGAACAGUCGAUGGAGGAUUUUGAUGAAGAUGAAGAUGAUGGGGGAAUGGAGUCGGACGAAGAAAUCGACAAUGGCGAUUCUGUCGAUGUCGUGGUACUAUCUGACGGAGAAGAUGAUGCUGAAGAGAUUGGUGAAGUGGAAAUGGAAGAUGACCAUGGUGAUGAUGAAUUAGACGAUGGUGAUGGACUGGUUGUUGGUCAAGAUGAUGAAGCGCUGGCUGCUGACGACAAUUCACUCGAUGCCCCUGCCCAUUCGGGUGACUUUGUUGACGACGAAGAUCGUGAAGCGGCAUCGGCUGUGGAAGAAGCUGAUGAUGAAGGUAGAACGGACACGGGUAACAGUUCGACCGCUGGAAGCUCUUCGACACUUCGUCAUACCACUGCAUCGUCCUUAGCGACAUCUGGUGCAGGAGGAUCCGCUGCGCCGCAGACGGCUCGCCUACGUAUUCCCAUUGUUUAUGGCGCUGAAGACCAGUGUUCAAGCAGCAACGAAAGUGGAGCAGCCCAAUUUGCUGCACGACGUCGUCGCCCCAUUGGACUGUACCAGCCAGGCAUCCGCCACGUAGGACCUAGUAGCGCACAUCAGGACAUUCCAGCAGAAAGGAUGAGCGCCAGGAUGAGAGGAAGAGCUCGUGCUGCUCUGCGUGGCCGUGGAAAAGGACGCGGUGCCAAACACUGA